AUGCAUGCUCUCAUCUACAUUUUGAGUACCUGGAACAGUGAAACUCAAAAGANUCCGCAAAAAGAGCCAAAAGCCAACUCUUUCCCCGACAAAUAUCAAAAGAAGAUCACAUGGAUGAUUAAGAAUUUCUCCUCUUUGCAAUCUGAGAAAGUUUAUUCAGAUAAUUUCAUAGUUGGUGACUCCAGAUGGCGUCUUCAGGCCUAUCCCAAGGGAGAUACGCGUAGUAAUAACAAAUGUUUGUUUGUCUUUCUCAAUGUUGCUGAUUCAGAAUCUUUGUUGCAUGGUUGGAAAAGACACGUCAAAUUUCGCCUAACUGUUGUUAAUCAAAUGUUGGAGAAACUUUCCCAACAAAGAGUAUCUCAGAACUGGUUUGAAGAGACGUUCAAAAGCUGGGGUUUCUCUAAAAUGCUUCCCCUUGCCAAACUUGUUGACCAAAAUGAUGGUUUUUUGAUGAAUGGAGAAGUCAAGAUUGCAGCCGAGGUUGGUGUUCUUGAAGUUGUUGGCAAAUCAGAUGUAGUAGAGGAAACUUUAUUAGUUAAUGAAAUUGUCGAAUGCAAUGGGUUUCAAGUUCUUCCUUCACAGGUACGAAAACUACUUGUAAACUAUAUAAGUAGAACUGUUAACAAUCUGUUCGAAGAGCACCCAUACAUUGCAUCAAAAUUCCGUCCGAAGAACCCACAUCUGAGAACAACAUACUUGGAUAGCCUACUAAGCUUGACUGAGAUCCUGUGCCAGUCCCCUGAAGAACUCUCAACUGAUGAUCUGGCCAGUGCUUAUUCUACACUAAUCUGUGUGACAAAAGCGGGGUUUCAGUUGGAUUGGUUCGAGGAGAAACUAAGAGAAGUUGGUGAGACUCGUGUGCAAGAAAUUGAGGAAGAGUUGGAGGGCAUGAAGGCUCUGCUGGAGUUCUUACGAUGA